AUGGAUUGCCUGAAAACGCUAAUUGCUAGGGACACGGCUCCUUCAGGGGUAAUGACUGGUCAAGUCGGCAAUCCAGCAGCCGCGGCAGCUGCUAUGCAACAGAUGCAGCUUCAACAAGCCAUGAUGAUACAACAAGAUCAACUGCAAAGAAUGGCUCAAGCUCAUGCUCAAGCACAAGCGGCAGCUAUUGCGAACAACCUUGCGAAGCCUAUUAUUCCGCCUGUUUCUACGCCACAAACUAAACCAGUUAUUCAACCUCCAAUUAUUCCACCACCAGUUGUUCCUAAACCCCCAUUUAGUCAAACGAAUUUUGGAGGAAAUACGGCUUUUAGUGGGACGACGACUCCAAAAGUUGAAACAAAACCACUUUUCCCGACAACUGAAUCGAAAUCUACUCCAGUCACCACCGCUCCUGCUUCUAUCAACACAAGCUCCCCGGGAGGUUUCACAUUCGGACAAGGAAGUUCCAGCAUUUUUGGCAAAAAGCCUGAAAGCAGCCCAGCUAAACCUGCUGCACAAGCUACGCCAAAAGCUGAGAAGGAGGAAGAUGAUGCUGUUGAUGAAUACGAACCUGAAACUGAAUUCAAACCCGUUGUUCCGCUUCCUGAUUUGGUUGAAGUAAAAACUGGUGAAGAAGGGGAAAAGGUCUUGUUCAACAAUCGCUGCAAACUCUACAUCUACAGCAAUGAGCUGAAAGAAUUCAAGGAGCGCGGUAUCGGAGAACUUAAAGUUCUUCAAAACACCGACACCAAGAAAUAUCGUGUCGUAAUGCGUCGCGAACAAGUCCUCAAAGUUUGUGCUAACUUUGCAAUUGUUGAUUCGAUGACAAUUCAACAAAUGGCGAAGAACGAAAAGGCAUACACAUGGUUCUGCAAGGACUAUUCUGAUGAAGAGCCUGCUGAUGUGAAAUUGGCGGCACGAUUUGCAAGCGUCGAAAUUGCUACCGAAUUUAAGGAGCUUUUCGAAAAAGCUGUCGCCGAGUACAAAUCAACUGGGUCAACCCCGGCUAAACCAAAGCAGGAGAAAACAAUUGACAAAGAAAUCAAGCCAGCUGAUAAGGAAAUUAAGAAAGAGGCCAAAGAAGUCGUUAUUCCACCCAACGAGGAUGGAUUUGGUGACAAGUUCAAGCCUGUUCCUGGAAGCUGGGAAUGCCCCUCUUGCUACACGAGAUGUGAUGAAAACGCUUCGAAAUGUCCAUGCUGUGGUGCUGGAAAAGACGGAGAAGUCGACAAGACUGCCUCAAUCUUCCAGAAAACUACUAUUCAACCACCACCAGGAGCUUCGAAAUUCUCGUUCGGUUUGAGUGCUGCCUCUGUUGCUGCCAAAGAACCACAACAAGCUGCGUCUCCAAAGUUUGGUGCUUCAUUGAGUAAUGGAACUUCGGGAACCUCUGUGUUUGGUGGAAAUACACCAAAAAGCACGCUAUUUGGUGGCGGAGCAUCGUCGACGACAACAACCACGCCACAAUUCUCUUUCAAUAAGCAGUCAACAGCUACCAAUGCCAGCACUCCCAGUUUUAACUUCAUGAAAGCCGCUCAGCAGGCUUCUACAACUAGCUCUCCAGUUACCACAACUACUAAUACUUCUAUUUUCGGCAGUGGAGCUACUGCAAAACCGGUAACCUUCUCAUUCACCAAAAAAGAUGAUACGCCUGCGUCAACUGGAAACGCUCCGUUGUUCUCAUUCAACAAGCAAAACUCUACACCGGCUGAAGGAAAUAAGUCAACCGAAACACCAAAAAAUGUUUUCGGAGGAUUCGCUAGUGGAGAGACAUUUGCGACGUUAGCAGCGAAAGCAAAGCAAAACAACAUUUUUGAAGGUGAAGCUGCCAAGAAAGCACAAGAAGAAUUCAAGGCCCUGAAAAAGAACACGCCACUUGUAAAGACAACGGAAAAUGCUGACGAGGAAGGCGGGGAUGAGAAUGCUGAAGAAUAUGAACCACAAGUCGACUUUAAGCCUGUCGUUCCUCUGCCAGAUUUGGUUGAACUUGUGACUGGAGAGGAGAAUGAAGAGGUGAUAUUCAAAGGACGCUGCAAACUCUACCGCUAUUACCAAGAUGAAGGAAACAAAGAACGCGGAGUGGGAGAUAUCAAGAUUCUUUUUGACAAAGAGACAAAUAAGUAUCGAGUGGUUAUGAGGCGCGAACAGGUUCACAAACUCUGCGCUAGCUUCAGAAUCGAAAAGCAGUUCAAACUAACCAUGAGAGAAAAUACGAACAAUGUAUUCUCUCUAUUCUGCUUAGACUUUUCCGAGGAUCCAGAGAACGGUGAAAAAACCGUUUUCAACAUACGAUUCAAAGAUGAUAAAAUUGCCAAUCAGUUCCGCCAGAAAUAUGAAGAGGCUCAGGAGAAGAGCAGUUAA